AUGCUUAAAUUAAAGGAGAAAAAAAAAAUUAUUGAAAUUUUAAAUAACCCGAUUUCUUAACUUAAUAGGCCAACAAAAAGUUCAUCCUCAUAUAAUCCUUAACCAAUUGAAUAAUUAGUCUUCAAUCGCAGCUUAUUAAGAGUGUAUGGAUACUAAAAGCCAUAAACUUAAUAAAGAAAUAGAAGAAAAUUUAAUUUGAAAUAGUUAGAAGUAACACAAGAUCUAGAAAAUAAUAAAUAAAUAGAAGAAUUGCUAAAAAGAGAUUAUUCAACAAAAUCAAAUGUUGAAAAAUAAUCAUCUUUUAAAAAAGAACAGUUAAAUAAAAGAUGCAACACAACAACUAAUAAUAGGUUCUAUUAAUUGAAUGCCAUGAUAAAAAGUAAAAGAAACACAAACAUUUCAAGAGUUAUUGAGUGUUAGAAUGAUAGCUAAAAAUAAAGAUAUUAGAUGCUGCAUCUUAAUUUUAUAAAAACUUAAAAAUAAUAUUAGAACAUUUAUGGAAUACCAUUAUCCGAAUUUCUAUUAGAGCAUAAAUUUUUAACUCUGAUUCAUUAAUAACUAUUAGUAAUUUUAUUGCUGACUUUCUAAAUCGAUUGCACUAAUAUUUAUGAAGUAAUAACUUAUAAAUAAUAUAAACUUUUUAAAUAGGCGAUUAUUUGGAAAGAUUUAUCCAUUAUUGAUUUAGUUGAUAAAAUUUCAUAAAUAUUUGAAAAUGCUACAGGAGGUGAUUUGCUAAAUAUAGUACAUUUAAUGGCUUAGAUAUAGCCUUACAGAUUUAAUGGUAAGUAAAAAAUUACAAGAGAUAUGCAAUUAUUAAAUAAAACUGUAUAAGAUUUAGAAUAUAUAUGUAUAGAACAUGUUUUAUAAUAAGGAAAUUUAAAUAUACAAAUUGAUAUUACUAAAUUUAAAAAACUAUUUUAUAAUUAAAUUAUUCAUAUUAAUACAUUCAUUGACUUAUUAUCAGGGUAAUUUUGA